CAUUUGAUUUUUUUCAUGUUUUCGGUUCGCAACCGUCGUGGCGCGCGUUUUUCUUAUUAAAUUUCAAUUUGAUACCACUUCAACAGAGUAGACUUUUUUCUUAAUAAUCAUUUAUUUGCAAAAAUGAGUGCGUGGCCAGAAGUAACGACUGCAAAGUCGGAAAAUCGUCAUGAAAUCAAAUUGGCGGGUGCGGCUAUUUCGAAACGAAUUUCGGAAAGCGGUUUAGACAAAGGUAUCUUUCAAUUAACAAAUAUUAACCUCCUAAAUAUCAGUGAUACAUGUCUAUCAGCGAUACCCGACGAUAUAAGUCGUCUUGUGAACCUGCAAUCCUUGCUGUUAUUCGGUAACAAAAUAACAGAUUUCAAUAAAAACAUAACCUCUUUGAAGAAGUUGAAAGUGCUCGAUUUAUCAAGGAACCAGCUGAAAAGUAUUCCAGAGUCUCUAAACGACAUGAAAGAAUUGACGAGUAUCAAUUUUAGUUCAAAUGAAAUAGAAGAAAUGCCAAAAUUUACGGAUUUUCCACAUUUGCUAACCAUUGAUGUGUCAAACAAUAAAUUGACCAGUUUCUUGGACUUGGAGAAUGCAGUAUUACUUCACAUGACUGAUCUGAAAAUCAAAGGCAAUGCUAUAGAGGUGUUGCCCAGCUACAUUGUGCGUAGCCUGCCAUCAUUAAAGAAUUUCGACAUUGGAGAUAAUCAACUGAAAACUGUCCCUGGAGAGUUAGCCAACAUGUCCAAGUUGAAAGAAAUAAACCUCAAAGGAAACAAAUUCACUGACAAAAGAUUCAUGAAGCUAGUUGACCAGUGUCGCACCAAGCAAAUAGUGGACUACAUCCGCGACCACUGCCCCAAGGCCGACCAGACCCAACCCGCUGGCAAGGGUAAGGGUAAGAAGGGCAAGAAGGAGGAACCAACUCCGGAAGAAACCGAGUGUGACCUUUGCCAUUCCUUGAAGAUUUUACAUGUAGAAGAUGAUAUAUUACGAGUGAAGAUCAUUGAGUCACAAGUAGCUGCCGUCCGUCCAUAUAUCCUUUGCUGUAUCGUAACUGAUCUCUGCUUUGAUGAGACCAGCUUCAAGAAGUUCAUACAGAUGCAAACUAAACUCCAUGACACGGUUUGUGAUAAGAGGAAUAUUGCUACUAUUGCUACACAUGACUUGAAUAAGAUUGCACCAGGUGACCUAGUAUACACAGCAAAGCCUCCAGCAGCCCUGAAACUGACCCCCCUGUCGAGGCUGAGGCCAUACUCCGGGGAACAGCUUUUCCAACAGCUCACGGCUGAAGCUGAAGCAUUGCGCAAGGAGAAGAAGAGGAAUGUCUACUCCGGGAUACACAAAUACUUGUACCUGUUAGAAGGCAAGCCCUUGUACCCAUGUCUAGAGGACUCCAGUGGCAAGGUCAUCAGCUUCCCACCCAUCACCAACUCUGAGGAUACCAAGAUGUCUCAAGACAGCAAGGCAAUGUUGGUGGAGGUGACGUCCCACACUUCACUGGGUGCCUGCAAGACUGUGAUGAACAAGCUGCUGCAGGAGUGCCUGCUGCUGGGGCUGGGGCCUGAGGAGCCAGGGUCCGCCUUCCACACACUCACUGUGCAACAGGUGAAAGUUGUGGAUCUAGAAGGAAACCUGAAGAAUGUGUACCCUUCAAGAACUGACUGCGUGUAUGAAGGCACUAAUAUUAAGGUUGUGCGGAACAACAAGAAGUAAUACAAUCAUGUUUUCUAACUAUUUCCAAGAGGCGGGAGAUAUCAAUGAAGAUAUGACGAUUACUUUGGCCCCAAUAUUGGAUCCAACACUUUUUAAAUAGCUUUGAGAGUUAGCAUUGCCCCAAAUGUUGGUCGCGAAUGGAGAAAGAUGGCGUCAAUAUUGGUAUCAUCGUUUGGAAUUCUUCCGAAUUUGGUACCAGUAUAAAGUAGCGAUAUAAAAGAAAAUUGCAAAAUUUGACAACGGGUUCAAAUAAAGAUCUGUCCCAAAAAUAUAUUAUCUAAUUAAUACAUAACUUGUGCCUAAGAAAUCAAUUCAUUCUCCAUAGUACAUAAUAACAUAACACUAAUAAUAUCUUGCCCACCCCAUUAAAAAAUUGUAUUGUUUAUUGACAUGUAUAGCCAUAAUAUUAACCAAUGAAUGCACAAAAUACACUUAAUAUUGUAAUUCGAAGCUGAUGCUCAUAAAAAUGAUUAUAUAAAGGUGCGUCCACAUCUGGCAGUCGUCGUGCAGUCACGGCAAUUGUUUUGUGCAAGGCUCGAACAAAAAUGCACGCCCGCAGCUUGCGAGUGUCAUUCGCCAGAUGUGGACGCACCCUAACACCAAAGUUGUUAAGGCUUACAUAUACUCGUUCUUUUGCUAUGUAUGCUGUCUUCUCUCUGUCUUGUGAUCUUAGUUGAAUUGUGGUGCGACAGUAACAGGUAAGCAUAUAGCAAAAAAACAUUUGUAAGUAUUUUGAUUAAACUAUAUCCCUCCCAUGAUUGACGACAGUCAAAAAUAAAUACUUGAUUACUUAAUUUGCCAUGUUCAUUUCAUAUAAAAAUUAUUACUUUUAUGAAAAUUUAAGUUGAUUAAUAUUGAAUAGUAAUUUUUCGAAUUGUAUACCUUUCAUUUAAUUAAAUGUGUUGCUUUGUGUGUUUAAAAUGAUUUAGAAACUUUAUAAUUGUAACUAAACCUUUACGUACUUUAAUACCAAUUCACGUGUAAAAUAUUGGUAGAAAGGAUAAAAUGUUUUGUAAAACUUGUUAUAGCAGGUCCUCUCUAUGUUUCGGACUCAAAAACCAGCUGAUGUAUGCUUUAAAUAAGUUUAAAAUUUGUCUGUGAUGAAUCAUGCUAGUAAAGUACUGAUGUGACACAUCAUUACCGAUUGUAACUUAAAAAGUAAGAGAAAGUUUUUGUUAAAUGUUUUCUUUUUAAAAUAAGUAUUUUUGUAUCCAU